AUGGGGGCCUUUUUAAACAAGCCCGAAACUAAGAAGUACAACGAGAGUGGCGAAGGUAACGGACUACGCUAUGGCGUGGCGUCGAUGCAGGGCUGGCGCAUGGAGAUGGAGGAUGCUCAUCAUGCGCAGCUCACUUUAAACGGUACAUUAUCGGACUGGUCAUAUUUCGGCGUAUUUGAUGGCCACGCGGGGGCCAAGGUGUCAGCACACUGUGCUGAAAAUUUGCUGGAAUGUAUCUUGCAGACCGAAGAAUUUCGGAGAGACGAUAUAGCGGAGGCGAUCCGUACUGGUUUCCUGGACCUCGACAAGAAAAUGCGAGAGUUGCCGGAACUUUCUAAUGGCGAGGAGAAGUCAGGUUCGACGGCGGUAUGCGCUUUUGUCUCACCAAAGCAGAUAUACAUAGCAAAUUGUGGCGAUUCGCGCGCGGUUUUGGCACGGAACGGUGCUCCGAUAUUUGCGACUCGGGAUCAUAAACCAGAGCUGCCGUCUGAGAAGUCUCGCAUCGUGCAGGCGGGAGGUUCGGUCAUGAUACAUCGUGUCAACGGUAGCUUGGCGGUGUCGCGAGCUCUAGGAGAUUAUGAGUACAAGAAGGUUAUGGACCUCGGGCCCUGCGAGCAACUGGUGUCUCCGGAGCCAGAGGUGUCUGUUCACGAGCGUCUGGACGUUGAAGACGAGUUCCUCGUGCUGGCCUGUGACGGAGUAUGGGAUGUUAUGAGCAAUGAGGCAUUGUGUGCCUACAUACACUCACUACUGCUGCUGACCGACGACCUUGUUGCUAUCACCAACCAAGUCAUUGACACUUGUCUUUAUAAGGGCAGUAAGGACAACAUGAGCAUUGUGCUGGUUGUGUUCCCGGCCGCUCCCAAGCCCAGCCCGGAGGCCCAACGUGCAGACCGAGAGCUAGAUGACACACUGCGACAACGGCUCACAGCUCUGAUAGAGAAGAGCGCCGGUUCGGACGAAGACACUUGCUCCAGCUUCUCGUACGUGUUGAAGCAGCUGGUGCAGGAGAACAUACCGGGACUACCGCCCGGCGGGGGGCUCGCAGCCAAACAAUCGCUCCUGGACAACAUAUACAGGGAGUUCUACCCGGAACACAUCGACAGUUCAGAGACCUUCGACUGUCAGGCUGAGUUGGACACGUUCGGGGCCAACUAG